AAAAUUUCACUGUUUGAAAUAUUUUAUAAAGUUGAUAAAAGUAAACAAUAUGGAGGUUCUUGAAGAGGGAAAUUUAAUGGACAGAGUCCCGAUUUUAUUACAGCGCGAUCUCGAGUUUUACCAGACACAUCAACGGGUACUUCAGGAACCAAUUUGCUCUGGAGUUGUAGGUGGAAAACUGGAUUUUCCUCGUUACGCUUCCUUUGCAGCUAUAAAAUUGAUAAGAUGGUGGGAAGAUGAGUACUUUGCAUCCUACCGAAAGCCUUCUGGACUUUUGCACACCGAAAAGGAAAUGAACGAGGGUGAUUUUUCUACUGCCACGGUGAAAACCUCUGACCCGGAAAAGUUUGUGCAGCUGGUCACCAAAUCGGCUGAUUUACUUUUAGAGCAUGUUCAUCGCCUUUCUCAGGAGUCCUUGGAUCACGCUGACUUAUCUGUUCUAACUGCCACAAUUGGAGCUGCUUCGCUGGUUAAGAACUCCCUGAGUGUUUAUAUGCAGGCAGCUACAACUACUAUAUGUCCCCCGAAGGGCGAUGAAAAGGGAGGAGCCCUCAAGCUCAGUUUCAAGCAAUAUUCCCAGAUGUCAGAGGCCUUGGCCGAGAGACUCCUGGAUCUCCACUGCCGCCUCCUCUUACUCUACAUAAUGCAGGAUGCCGACUGUCUGCAUUGGGAGGACACUCAACCGUUUUUCGAGUCGGAGAGGGGUUCUUACACCGUUCAGAUGUGGUGGCACUACAUGAAGGGCUCCCAAGCCGAUCUGUGGAACUCGGUGCCACCGAAAAUGGCCCAAAAGAUAUUCGCCGGAAUGCUAAACGAAACUCUGAGUGUACUGACCGUCCGGUACACCCAGAUAGUAACUAGUGUGGCUCGAUCCACUCUCCAUUUGGUGGACAUCUGCAACAUGCUGCUCUGCAUCGCCGAACUUCUGCCCCACAUUUGCGAGAGUGGUGAGGCCUAUGUGGGAUUGCAGCUGAGCAACCAGAGUGUCAUCCUGAGGGACAUUCACGCGAAGUGCAGGGAGCUCUUCUACUGCCUCCUCCUCAGGGGAUCUCCUUUGGGAGUGCUUUCGAAGGUUUUCCGCAAGGGAUUAGACAACAUGGAAAUGUUUAGCUCUCGUCACGGCUUGCCAAGUGCUUGGAUAAUUUUUGCUCUCCCCAGAUAUUUUCCUAAGGAGCAGUCCUGCCAGUGGGUCACCGAAUUCUCCGACCUUUCUACCAACACAGCUAUAUCAUUGGACUUGAGGGUCUUGCUGGCCUUUCCGGAAGCAGAUUGGUCGUAUCUGCUAAAGAUUCUUCUGAUGAGAGAUGCCUAUCUCACUGGCAUUAUAAUGCGUCAUCUGAUGCAGCACUUACCUUCAUCGGAGAACUUUAAGAAUGUUGCAAAGAUUUCGUUCACCAGCGCUGAAGGUGCUCCUCAAAAGUGUGAGGCCUUUUUGUGUCGCGGGGAGUGCUUCAAUGUCACCGAUUCCAUAGCUGGGGAUAUAGAUCCCGUGGGUCAGUCCAACUAUCAGAUAGUGCUUUCACUAACUUAUCUCGUGGUGGCUGUUGGCAAGGCGGUGGACAUUAAGUCCUGUCUGAUCAAAACCCUGGAGGAGCAUGCGAUCGCAGGCUGGAGCGACUGCCUGGACAAGCGGCAGGUGUGGAACCAGAAGCGAACUCCCUGGCUGGAGGCCAUCAUGCACUUCGUGUAUCCCGUUCUCGAUUGCGUCGUGGACAUGCUGGUCAAUGCCGUGGAAAACGGAGCCAGCAUGUAUCAGGCCAUGUCCUUGGCUCUGACCUGCGUCUCUGAGAUAUGGGACUGCCUUCCCGAGGGACUGUACAAGAUCGCCUCCUUGCUGCAGGAUAUCAUCCCAGUUUCGACCAGGCCUUUGGGAGAUUCAGUGCUCUUGCAGGUGGUCUUUGCAGCUCUGUACACAGAACUGAUCAAAACAGCGGAAAUGUAUGAGCAGGCCAAAAACGAUGACAAAGCAGCCAUAUGUUAUUCCAUAUCGGAGGCCAUUUGCUCAAUCGACGAGGACGACAAGCACACGGAUCAGAUCGAACUGUUCCUGAAGCAGGCCAAGGAGAGCAUCAACUUGGACACGGACUUCGGAGGAACCCCCGGGAGCAACAAUCGAGGCGCCGGCGGGAUGAGUGCCGUGAGUACCAUCAAAAUGGAUGACCUGGCCCUGACAAAUGCGGAAUCAGAUCGUCUGAGCCACAGUCCGCCAAAUAACUACGCCAUGGAACUGGAUGUGGGAAUCGCAGAUUAUAUAGCCGAGGUUCUGGUCAGCGAUGUUCUGACCACCAAUAUAGGGAAGCAGGCCCUGAAAGUCGUGUACAACUAUUUGAAGUUCAACAAGGACUGGCUGCUCGAGCAGUUGGGAACGGGUGACAAUGAACCGAGUCCUUUCCAAGGCGUCCAAGGUCAGAACAUCAAGGAGGCCAAGACCUCGGUGCUGAGGUCCAUGUUCUUCAUCGGGAAUACCCCCUUCGACCAGCUGCUCACGGGUUCCCUGAAAAUCGACUAUGUCAGUUGGCUCCAGAUGCCGUUGUCCUUGAAUCCGGAAAGGACCUGGCUGCAUUUAACCAGGCGCUGCGACUUCCAGGAGGAUGCCAAGCUCUCGCUGCCCGAGGUGGCCAUGGUGGCCGGGAUUUCAAAGAUAAUGAAGCGGCGCAAGGAGUUUCCCAAGUGAGCUUCGCGGAAGGCAUCAUUAGCAUGGCUGCACUUAAAGAAAAAAAUAAAUAUCUGCAUUCAACGAUAAUUAAAUAAAAAAGCAUAAAA